AUGCAUCAAGCAGAAGCUUUCAUUCCGAGUUCACUGUCACGUGCAGGAAGAAGUCGAAUACACAGCAGUUCAAGAACAUGUCUGAGUGAAUCAAGACGGCCGAUCAACUCUCGAUACAGCGAUGAAGGCGCUAAGGAAGAAGACAGGUACUGGGAAGAGUAUCCAGCUGGGAGCAAAGAAGAAAUUGAGUUGAACGAGAUGUCGCUUCCAAAGGACAUGGACGAAUACUACGACGAAACCAGCAGUAUUGCAAGAUAUGGUGACGACGACGACUACGAGGAAGUCAUUGAAAAUAAUGAAGACCGAUACUUCGACAAAUACGACGAUGAUUAUUCUGAUGAAGAAGCAGAUCCAGGGAACUUCUGGUCCAAUCCUUCUGGUGGAGUGGAUCGUCCCAUUCCAUCAAGACGACGACAAGGAUCGCUACAGCAACCCAGACCAAGAGGUUAUUCUGCCGAAGGCAAAAGGAGGCCUCCUGCUAGAAGAAGUCCAAUCAGAAUGAAUGGGAGCUCUGUUCCAAAUCCAGCGAAGGAUUUUUAUGAGCGAUUGUUUUGGUAUGGGUUUGACGCAGACGAUACCGAAGGAGUAGGUGACAAAACAGUCUUUGGGGGUACAAAGGGCAAAUUCAAUGGUCUUUCUUUCAAGGAAGCUUCUGAAACUAGUCCCUACCAAGGACCAAAUCGCCAACCACGACGAAGGGGAGACAACGAAUACUACGAGGAUGGCUACGGCAUCGAUGACUAUGGCGAAGGCUACUAUGAGACACCAGGAGAUCGCCCUCGAUCAAUGAAGCCACCAUCGGAUACCCCAUACCCUCGUGCCGAUCGAGCUGGGAGAGGAGAUCGACAACGACGAAGAACAAAUCGGCAGCAAUCUAAUGAAUUUGACGACAGAUUCGAGUCAGAAAAUCCUGGCGAUUGGGUAUCAAAGUCGGUCUCCUCAUGGUUCACAGGAAGCGAGGACAAUGAUGAAGAUGAUGACUUUGAUGAUCGAUCUAGUAAAAGACGCAGGAGAAAGGAAUCUUCAACUUUCAGUCCUUUCAACAUUGUCGACCGAUUCUUUGGUGUCGAUCGAGAUGAAAUGCAGUAUAAGGCGGAUAUCUAUAAUGAAAAGAUGGGACUAGGAAUGAAGCGUAGAUCAUCUUUUCGAAAUGGAUCCCGAGAGCGUACAAGACGGCAGACUCCCAGACGACCAGGAUAUGCGUACAAGUAUGACGAGGAAGACGAGGAAGAGUUGAAUCCAAUCGUCGAUAUUGGUAUGGAUACUCCUGUAGAAGAUGCCAGUGAAACUGUCGAUGUGCAGAAUACAGAGGCAGAAAUGCCAUCGAUGUCAACACGUAAGAGAAAAGAGAAGACCUGGGAAGAACGUUCUUUGGCUGUAGAACGGGUACCCCCAGCUGGUAUUUCGGCGUGGGGUCCAUCAGGGGAAAUGCCUUGUGAUGCGCGCACAAAAGCGAUAAUGGAUGCCUUGGAGGAUAUCCAAACCGCCCGACAAAAGCUGGAAAGGAGAUUAAAGAAAGAAGCUUUGGCCAAGGAGGAGAUCAUGAUUUUGAAAGUGGACGCCGAGUUGCAAAGACGAAAACUCAGGAACUCCGAAAGCGAUCCUUUCCUGUUACAGGAACAACUACGUCAAAUUGAAUUUGAAAUGGAUGAUGCGUCGCGGGAACUUCGACGUGCACGAACUUCAACAGAGUUGGCAAGGGACCAGCUUGAAACAUUUGAAGAAAGGCAUUGGGCUCUGUUGAGAUUCUACGACCCAGAGAAAGCAGGGCAACAAGUAGAAGCAGCGUUACUUGAGCUGGGGGAAGUCGAACCAGCUGCAAGAUUGUCUGAUCCCAACGUUUCUGUCAAAAGUACGGAAGCCAACGACAGCGUCGACUCUGCUUGA